UAUAGUGGGAACGGGAUAUGAUUUGGUGCAUUUGUCCUGUAAAUCUAAAAAUUUCUACAUGCAUAUAGUUAACUUUUUUCUUUUAUUAAAUAUAGACAUGACUUAACCAACAUUCAAUCCUGGAUAAGAAGUCAUAGAAAGGAUGUCUAUGAAAGAGUUUAUAACACAGAUGUACUUAUUAUAGAUGAAAUUUCCAUGUUGUCAGAAAAACUCUUUGAUCAAGUUGAAGCAGUUUGUUCACUUAAAAAUGACAAUCUUUUAUUCGGUGGCAUUCAAAUUAUACUCUGUGGGGAUUUUUUUCAAUUACCUCCAGUAAAGAAUAAACUGUACAUGGAUGAAGGAAAAUUCUGUUUUCAGAGUGAGAAUUUUGCAAGAUGUAUAGUUCACAAAAUUAUUUUGAAUGAGGUGAUAAGACAGACUGACAUACAAUUCAUUAAAUGUGUGAAUGAAGUGUCAAAAGGCAUCAUAACACCAGAAUCAUUUAAUCUUCUAAACAGUCUUCAGAAACCUGUAGAUAAACCAGGAGAUUCAUCUCUUAAGUUGUUUGCCACCAAUGAAUUAACAGAUUCCUACAACAGGAACAGAGUUCUAUCUGCACCAGGAACCCUCUUCAAAUAUCAGGCUGAGGACGAAGGGGAUUCCAAGUACCUUCAAAGGAUUCUUGCUCCUAGUACUCUUUGGAUUAAAGUUGGUAGCCCCAUUAUGCUUCUUUGUAAUUUGACUGAUAAGCUAGUAAAUGGACUUCAGGGCAUAGUUGUGAGUGGCAGUGGCCCAGUGGUACAUUUUCCAUCAAUAAAUACAACAAUGAAACUAGAAAUGGAGACAUUUUCAGUUUACAGCCCUAUUCUAAAGAGAAACAUAGCAGAGAGGAAACAGAUCCCAAUCAAGUUGGCAUAUGCUAUAACAGUCCACAAAUCUCAAGGGAUGACCAUUGAAAGAUUGGAUGUGGACUGCAGACAGAUGUUUGCUGCUGGACAGCUUGGAGUUGCUAUUGGUCGUGUGAAGUCCCCAUCAGGAUUAAGGGUCAUCAACCUCUGUAAGGAAGCAUGCAUUCCUCAGCCUGACAUCAUAUUUGAUUUCAUAAAAGUUCCUUCUAGAGAGACUUUUAAAGACAUAAGUUGUUGUCAUGUCUCUAGACAUGCUUUCCAAAGAAAUCAAGACUCUCAAGUGCCUAUUAUGCCUAAUGUCAGGUUUGUUGAUUCUGAUUUUCAAGAGGAUGAGGAGAUGGAUGACAUUUUGGAUAUGCUGGAAGAGUCUAUGAGUUCCAAUGAAGACUUAAGAAACAAUAUACCCCCCGAGUUUAAUAUCUGUCAAACAUUAGAUAGUCUAAGAUUCAAAAACCCUGUCAAUGCUAUACAAGAAGAAACUAACAAUGCCAUUGACCUUUUAUAUAGAAAUCUGCAGGAUGCCAAGGAAUUUUGUUCUGCAAUAUUUACCAUCACUUCUUCAAUAAUGAAGGAUUUAAAGAUAAAUGAGAAUGAUCCCAAACCAGUGGCUGCAGAUAAACUGGCCAAAUUCUACAAGCACCAUAAAGAAUAUCAGUCAUCAAAAAGUUAUUUUGCUCUUGUACAGUUGAUGUUCUUUGAAGUUAACAGAACACAAGAUGAAGCAAUAUCACAACAAGUUAUGUCCCAUAUUGCUUUCAACUUGUCUGUCACAAUAAGAAAGUUCCUUCUGAGUGAAAAAGAGAAGUUUUACAAGAUUGGAGAAGGAAGUAAACAGAAGAGGGUUGUUAUUGAGGAAAGUUAUGGAAAGGUUAGAUAUGUUGGUGGUUACUGCAUUGCUUCAUUAAGAUUCCAUUACAGAAAGAACAGAAAUAUCCAUUGCUUCAAAACUGGGUCUGUAAACCAACAAAAAUACAAUGAGGCUGUAAACAAACUGGAAAUUUUAGAUGGACUUAGUCUAAGUGAACUUUCUGUACAGCUUACAACAGAAUUCCCAGAGUCACUUAUUGAGACUGCAUCAAGGCAAUGUGCAUCAAGAGGUCUUACAAAUAUAUCUGAUGCAUUGUUCAAAUUUUUCCUGUCUCUUUGUCAAAAAUGUCUUCAUUUAUUAAUUGACAAAAACAUAAACUUGCAUGCAGAGGCAUUUUUUCAGCAUUGCAUAUCAUCUAUAACAAAUGAUGUGAACAUGUAUAAAGAAUUUGUUGAUUGUGUACCAAAAAAUCCUAAGGAAGAAUUCAUGUAUAAUGAUGUUGAGCCAUUAAUGUCUGAUUUGUUGUGCAAAGUUUGCUGUAUUGAAGAAAUAUAUGUGGAAAUUGUGAAGAAAUUUCUUAUGGUUAUGUUCAAACAAUUUAUGAAAGACUUUUUAAGAUGUCAGGCUGUAGAGAAAAAGAUGGCCCAUCGAAAACAAAUUCUAGUGUCAAAGAAGAAAAGUGCAGGUAUUAAAGUGAACUUUGAUUUCAUUAUGCAAGACACAUCAUCAGGAAAAUCAGUUUCACACUCUCUUUUAAAAUCAGACACAAAUUUGCUGGAGAACAUGAAGAAGACAGAAUUGUCUCGCCUUUGCCCCGUCUACAGUUGUAAAACUAAUGCAAGAGAUAGUAAAAAAGAUUUGAUUGUUAAACUAAAAUCUGCAAUUAAGAAAUCAGAUAAGAUGCUAUUCUGUGAAAGACUUUCAGCAGAAAAGGAAAAGGUGCAGGUUGAUGAUACCCCUGGCCCAAGUAAAAAACUGCUGCUAGAGGAACGAGUGGAUUUGAAAUCCUCUGCUAGUGCUACGUCAUGCUCAGUUUGUCAGAAAGUAGAUGGUCACAAAGACUGGAUUCAUUGUGUUAUUUGUGAUACCUGGAUACAUAGAAACUGUGCUGGACUGAGUAAUUAUUUUAAGUGGAAAUCUGCUUCUAAAAACUGUUCAAAGUUUUCCUGUCUGAACUGCAAAAACAUUUAAUAUCAAUUAACCAUGUACAUGUAGUUGAAUUUGAUUGAAAUGGUGAAUUCAGAAGCCGUGAGGGAUCAAAUUCUUAGGCCAUUUUUGACUGAAAUCAGCAAGGUUUUUUUUUUAUUAUUAUUAUUAGUAAUUAUGUAUAAGUAUAAUCCUAAUAAAACACUUGAUAUUACG